GCCAGAUUACAGCUAAGAAAAUCCCGCCGCUCACAGCGACCAAAUUUAAAUCCCCUCCCUACAUGGGGACAAUUAAAGAAAUUGACCAUAGAAGGGCAACGGCUUGUCCUUCAAGCAGGAAAGCCUUUAAACCCCGAAAACUUGUUUUUAGCUUUAUGUGCCUUGCUCACCGUUGCAUCGGGGACUGAGUCUUCCAGAUCCAAAGAAAAUAACUGACGGAGCUCCUAUAUUUCAACAAAAGACGGCUCUCUUGUGGUGGGGAGAUGGUGGAAUCGCUAACCCUGCUGUUGCAGCCGAAGAAUACCCUCAUCACCUUCAAAAUCAUAUUUGGAAGAUCCCAGCCGCUAUGCAACCUGUAACCUUGUACAAUGUUUCAUAUUCAGGGACUAGUCGAUCUGUAUCUACUACUUAUAAUUUUACUAGGUUUAAAAUGUAUAAUAUUACUGUUUGUGCACCUCUACCUUAUGUCUUUUUAGUGGGAACUUUUAAUUUUACACAUUUUUCUUGUACUUGUUUAAAUUGUCAAUUGUUUACAUGCUUAAAUAGCACACUAAAUUUCACUAAGCCUUAUACAGUUAUGCUGUUACAACAAAAAACUCAUAUUUGGUUGCCUGUAAAUUUAACUCGACCUUGGUCUCAAGACCCGGUAAUUUCUGUUACUACUGAAUUUUUUAAACAUCUGUUAAAACGUACAAAAAGAUUUAUUGGAAUAGUGGUUGCUGUACUGUUAAGUCUGAUAACUGUAGCCUCUCUAGCAGCAGUCUCAGGAGUAGCUUUACAUACCUCUUUGCAAGAAAAACAUGUUGUCGAAUUAUGGCAUGAGAAUUCUCAUGAACUUUGGUUAACUCAGUGGCAAAUAAACGCCAAACUACAACAACAAAUAGACCUCCUUAAACAAACAGUUGAAUGGAUGGGUAGAAAAAUAUUGGCUCUUCAGCAUCAAGUGUUUUUAAAAUGUGAUUGGAAUUCAACUACUUUCUGUAUAACCCAACGACCUUAUAAUCAGACAGAACAUGAAUGGAAAAUGAUUAGAAUGUAUUUAAAUGGAAACACCUCUGCCCAGGAGGAAAUAGAAUCUUUACAUAAUCAAAUUGACAAGGAUUUUGCAAAGCAAAAUGAUGAUGAAUCUCUAGCACAAUUCGCACAAUUGCUUGCUCAAUCUUUGAAAGGAUUAGAUUCCAAAGGAAUCUGGCAGAGCAUUACCCACACUUUUAGUGGCAUGGGACUUAGUUUAAUUAUAGUUCUCAUUGCCAUAGUUCUUGUGUAUUUUUACUGCAUAAGACGAAAUGCUAUUAAUAACCUGAUCUUAUGGAAAUUAUUGUUAAAAAAUAAAAAGGAAGGAAGUGUGGGGGAUGAGGUGUCACUUUGUAGGCCCAACCCCCUCUAACCUGCAAUUUACAAUAGCCGCCCUGGUAUGCGAGAAGGAGGUAGAACGGGAAUGCCUGUUCUCAGUGAGCCCUCACCCUCUGGAAUCCAUACUGUGAGCUGGCUUUGUUUUGCAGAAGUCUUGAGGAAGUGGCUGGCCACCCUUUGUGACACUAACAGCAGACAAAUUAACAACAUUCUUGAGCUAAUGAAUUUCUUCCUGGGCUAGAGAAGUUGUGAGAACUGGUUGUGAUUAUUUACUUCACUUAGAUAGUUUUAGAAUAAACAUUGUAGUCUGUCACGUUGUAGCUUGCCACAAAGAAUGCCUUUUCACUACUUAAUUAUCUGGGCUCUGUGAAUUGAUCGGGUUUACUAUAUAUAAAUCCUAAAAUAAAGAUUGUGCGUACAGUGCAGUGCAGUGCAGUGUAACGCGGUGCAGACAGCAAA